AUGCUUCCGAUCUUUCUUAUAUCCGAACGAUGCAGGGCUGAAGAAGAAGUUGGAUUCCCAUCUCUCGGUUCCUGUAACCUGGCGCGGGGAGGUAGGUCAAAGUGGUAUAGUCGGACACGCGUGGCUAACACGCAUUCCGACGAUCAGCCGUUGCGAAUGAGUGAAGGAAAUGUCUCGGGGAUAAAGGAGGUGGAUUGUGUCAAUCCACAUACAUACGUCUCCUGUCUCUUUCCGGGGAAAACCGAUCACUCAACAAACACAAUCAUCGUCAAACAGCCAUGGAAUAAGUGGAACGAAUCUCUGAAUGAAGUAUUUGCCAGGCGAGGGGGGCACUCUAGUUCAAUCGAAGCCGAGUUUGCGUACUUUGGCAACUGCAGGUCGGGCAACAUCCAUCCAUGGCCCGGUUUAGACGUUGAGAUCCGUUUACGAAAGGAUUGCGAGACCUGGGUGACACAGAUAAAAACAACAACUACAACAAUUGACAAGAAAAGGAUAGGGAUUGCCAUUAAAGAUUUUCUGACAGAUCUGCGUAUAUUUAUUGGAGAACUCAAUAAACGAGGCUCUCAUAUGAUCAUAUCAAUACCACCGCAAUCCCCAGGGGGUGGGGUAGGGAGACGAGGACGAGGACGAGAGGCUAAAGGUCUUCAUACUCUAGCUUACGCUGCCACUGCCGACCUAUCGGUUCUUGCCGCGGAUGUUGUUGUGUGGGGAUACAUAGAUAUGAUGCAUCGUGAAUGA